AUGAAGCGCUGCUUCGAGACAGUCACCAAUAACGCGAUCAAAAAUGUACAUUACAAAGACAUGGAAAUGACUCGCACAGCCGUUCUGGAUACCAAGUUGUCGAUAACACGGUUCCUUGUGAAGCUCAAGAAGGAAGUCAUCUCGAUGGGUGUGGACGAGGCCAAUCCCGCCCUUGCACAAACACCAGCCAAACAUCUGGAGCCAAAAGAGUUCAAGAAGUGGCUAGAUGAAGACAGGGAUGUGUUAAUUCUGGACACGCGCAACGAUUACGAAGUGGUCUUGGGAACGUUCAAAAAUGCGAAGCACUUCGAUAUACACACGUUUAGAGAGUUCCCACAAGCAGUGAAAGAGUCCAAGCUGCUGAAGGAUGUGAAGGCAGAGGAGGAGAAAACUGGCAAGAAGAAAGACAUUGUUAUGUUCUGUACAGGAGGAGUCCGGUGUGAGAAGGCCGCUUUCUGUUUCAAGCAAGCCGGCUUUCACAGUGAAAACUUAUACCAACUGAACGGGGGCAUUCUGCAUUACUUGCAAGAGGUGCUUCCAUUGAUCAAAGAUAAUCAAGACAACACAGAAGAACAGGACAAACCGGCGAGUGAAAGUCCGGUCGAGGAAUCUACAGCAACCGAUGCACAGCCAACAGACACCACGGGAGCGCCACUAGAGAUGGACGAGGAAAAGUAUAAGCAAAUAGAGAAAGAGACCCACUACGAAGGAGAGUGUUUCGUGUUUGACGACCGUGUAAGUGUGCGCGGUGUCGAUCUGAAGGUGGCUGGAUCGGUGCUGUGUGGAUCGUGUUUGCAUCCAUUCUCCAAGGCUCAGCAACAGACCAUGCGCGCUGCUGGGGGCGAUAUGAAGUGCCCGGGGUGUGAGGUGGAGGAUGUGCUCAACAUCAGCCGACCAGCGCGAUGUUAG